GCACUGGAACGACAGACAAAAGCACUCCGAGACACACAGAGGAAUUGCAAAAUUUAGAGGUGAUAUCAGGUGAGAGGGAGGAGCCACCGAAAAAGAAGAAGGAAAUGAAGUAGAAAAGGAAGAGAAGAAGGAGACAGCUCUGGAGUUGAAGCACGUCAUGACAGGCCAAACUGUUAUUUUCUGUGGGAAUUUAUGAUAAUAAUUGAUAUCAACAAUAAUUGGAACAUGUUGUGUUACCCAAAGCGACUAAAAGUGUGGAAGGGGCAAGCAGCUCCCUAGAAGCUCCGUCUGCACUGUCUUGAACCAAGUCUGAACUUGCUGGCACGGUCCAGGAUUGAUCACGCAAGUGUGUGCAACGCUUCCUGCUGUAAAACAGUGUUGCUGCUUGUUGAAUUUGUACGAACCACACUUGCUACAAUGGAUUCAAUUCAUAUACAACUGUACUAACAAAGAGUUGGGUGUAUGGUGCUUUCAGAUGGCACAGCAAGAGGAGCCCCUGUAUGAUUUCCCGGAGCCCACCCAUGCGACAGAGCGCAAGUUCCAGGGCCACCAGCGAGGAGGCGGGUCUCUGAGAAGCGUCAGCGUCCUGGACCGGCUCUUGUUGACCGUGCCCGUCUGGCUGCAGUUGUCAAUCAACCCUGCCACUGCCCUGCACAUUCUGCAGAGGGAACCUCCUGGGACGUUCCUGGUGCGAAGGUCUCGCACAUCCCAGAGAAAUGUGCUGUGCGUGCGCCUGGUGGAUGACAGCGUGCCAUCCUUUGUACAGCAGUUUGGCAUCAGGGAGGAGCAUUCGACUCUGUCUCUGGAGACGUCAGCGAUCAGCUUUCCAGACCUCCCGAGACUCGUUUCAUUCUAUUGCGUCAGCAGAGAUGUAUUGCCCUUCCCUCUGGAGCUUCCUGAGGCCAUCGCUAAAGCAACCUCCCACAAAGAGCUUGAGUCCAUCUCUCACAUGGGAAUAGAAUUCUGGAGCUCACACCUCAACGUCCGAGGGCCGCGGGAGCCCCCGAAGACCCAGACAAGCAAGGAGAAGACACCAGACUCUUCAGUCUCAGCGGCACCCACUGCUACCCUGCAAACAGCCUCUUCAGCGCCACCUGUUACGCAGCCCGAAUCGGACAACCAGACGACUAUCGCUGAAUGUGACCAAAAAUCUGACCCGAAUUCCGCCCUGUUUCGCGAGUUCUGUCCAAUUGAGACGCGCAGCCCCAGGGAGCUGGACUGCGGCUCAGGCCUGGGGGCGCUCUGCUUCAUCAAUCCCCUUUUCUUGCAGUCUCACAAAAUCUUGUCCAGACGCCGCCUGUUGAAACGUAGCAUCAAGGUGCGGGUAUCCACCGAGACGUCCAGCCUGAUGUUGCCCCCGCUCGCGCCACCGCCCCCGCCCCCUCUUAUGCCCAAAACUACAAGAAAGUGUAAAGCCCGGAAACAGACUCCACCCGCACCCCUGGACUCGCAGUCAUCACAAGAUGUCCACCCCUCAUCUGCAAUGGAGGAACAAGUGGAGGUCAAACUCCCGUCAUUGGUGGAGCAUCCUACCGAUGACCCCGACUACAUGCAGCCGUCCUUAGCCAGCACACCCUCCGUCUCUCCCUCACUCUCUCCUUAUCCAGCCGAAUCGGUUCCACCACUUCCCCCCAAACUGUCUCGCAGUGCUUGCAACCCUUCUACUACUUCCCAAUCCAGCCCCUUGCAAUAUCAAUUUCCAUCUCUUUCACCCAGGGCUCCUCUCUCCCUCUCUGCCUCCCCCUAUCAGUCCCCAUCUUCCUCCCCUGAGGUGCCCUUCUCUCUCUCGCCCUUCUUCUCGCCUUCCUUGGCUCAGCUGGUGGAGGCCAGUCAAAUACCGGAAAUGGAAGCCAGGGAGGAAGAGGGAGUAAAUGAGGAUAAGGGAGUGGAGGAAUUACACAAAGAAAUGGAAGCUGCCUCUCUGGAUGGCACAGAUAGCUGUAGUUCCUUCAGUAGUUUUGAGGGGGAGGCAGAGACCCCACAAGGCGGCAAUGACACUGUCCAGCAAACAGCAUCUUAGUAAAUUUAUAAAUGGUGACAGUAUUCAACAUUCUCCCUUUGUGUUGAACAUCUUCUAAUUAAAUUAAGGUAUCAGUUUUAUCAGUUUUGGUAUCUGAGUUAAAAAAUAAAUCAUUCAGGAUACAAUAUAAUGUAAACUGUUUCUAAUAAAAAUUCUUUUUUUUGUG